AUGUCCCGCCAGCAGCCCUCCGCCGUCAACCGCCUCAUGAUCCACUUUACUGACCUGAGCGCCACCAUGCGCGGUGCUGUAGGCCCCAUGGUGUCGGCCGCCCACCCGCAGCCCAUGACGCCUCAGCAGCUGCAGGCCCAGCAGCAGGCUGAGAUGCAGAAGCGCGAGUUGGCCAAGCGCCAGUCGCGCAAGCCCACCGACAAGAACAUUCCCGAUGGCAUUGAGGGCCUGGUUGUCGGCGAUGGCGUCCAGCGUUACCGCCAGCUGCGCGAGGCUGAGCGCAAGCUUGACGCCGUCAUGAUGCGCAAGCGCCUCGACAUCAACGAAAGCAGUGCCCGCAACUUCACUCGCUACCGCACCAUGCGCGUCUGGAUCAGCAAUACCGCCGACAACCAGCCCUGGCAGAACACGAGCAUGGAUCCCGACGCUUUCGAUUUCGGCAGCGAGAGCCAGGCCACCUACCGCGUCAAGAUUGAGGGACGCCUGCUCGGCGACGACGAGGACUCGGAGGCAGAAAAUGAGCAGGCCGAAGAGCAGAAGGACGCGGACGCCAUGGAGCAGGAUGCUGGUGAUGCGGCGAAGAAGGCCAAGCCAGGGAAGCCCGCGGGCAACCAACGCACCAAGCUGUCGCAUUUCUUCAAGCAGAUCACCGUCAACUUCGACCGCUCGCAGUCUCUCCAACCGGACGGAUACACGUCAAUCGAGUGGAAGAAGCCCGAAAACUCGGCCAGUGCCAACGACUCGGCCGCAAACUUCGACACGCUAGAGUUCGAGCGCAAGAGCGAUGAGAACAUCAAUGUCACCGUCAACCUCUUCCGCGACGAGAGUCCUGAGCGCUUCAAGCUCAGCCCGCCUCUAGCCGAGCUGCUAGGCACCGAGGAGGAUGACCGUGGCGGUAUUCUCAUGGGUAUUUGGAUAUAUGUCAAGGCAAACAGCCUACAGGAGGAUGAGGACAGCCGCAAGAUCCGUUGCGAUGCUCAGCUGAAGGCGCUCUUUGACAACAGGGAUUUCGUGCCAUUCCCGCAGAUCCCCCAAUUAAUCAUCGCCCAUCUCUCCCCACUCCCUCCUUAUCAACUGCCUUAUACCAUCCGCGUCGACAAGUUCUACAUUGCUCCCGACGAUGGCACGACUGCCUCGCAACCGACCAUCUAUGAUGUUCUCGUCCCGCUCGACGAUCCACUCCGCAUCGCCAUGGGCCGUAUCACCACGAACCCGCAAAUGCUCAACCAAAUUGCGUCGUUGGAUGAGUCGUUGGCACUAGCAGUGCAAGCAAUUCAACACUCCAAGGCAAAACACGCCUUCUACACCGCUUUCAGCACAGACCCGGUCAACUUCGUCAAGCGCUGGAUCAGCUCCCAGCAGCGCGACCUCGACGUCAUUCUCGGUGAGGCCACACGUGGUGGAGGCGAGGACGUUUCUAGCGAGGAAUUCAGGCGUGGUGGCAAAGAGGGCGUCUGGGGCGGGGACCGUGCUCUGGAGAGCGUGGGCCUAUGGCUUGCAAAGGCUGGCAAGGCGCACUAA